AAAGUCAUCCAUACUCGAAGUGUUUCGAAAAAGAUGGUCGUGAUAUUUGUGUCAAAAGCGGGUCACAUAUUGCAACAAUUCCUCUUAAUGAGCAAAGAACUGUUACUGCAGAUUGGUAUACCACCAUUUGUUUGCCAAAAGUCGUCACCGAGCUUCGAAAAAUCAACCCCGAAAGAAAAAUCAUCCUCCACCAAGACAAUCCCAAAAAACAAGGCAGUAUUUAACGGAAGAAAACGUGGAAUUAUUGGUCCAUCCUCCAUAUAGUCCCGAUCUAAGUCCUAACGAUUUCAUUACUUUCCCGAAAAUUAAAAACAGACUGCGUGGUCAAAGGUUCAAGUCACCAGAAGAAGCAGUUGUCGCAUUCAAAAAUGCCCUUUUGGAUCUGCUAGCAAACGAGUGGAAUAAGUGCUUCGAAAAUUGGUUCGAGCGCAUGCAGAUGUAUAUUAAUCUUCGUG